AUGCCGCCGCCACCGCAACCGACGGAGCUCAGCCGUGUGGACUCGCGGAUCUGGCGAGCCUGUGCUGGAUCCUCCGUUCAAAUUCCCACUAUUAAUUCUAGGGUUUACUACUUCCCUCAGGGCCAUUUCGAACAAUCCUCAUCGUCUACGGCACCUCAUCCCCCAUUUCUCUCCAAUCUCGCUCUCUCUAAACCCUUAAUCCCUUGCCAAAUCUCCGCCGUUGAUUUCCUCGCCGAUCCGGUAACUGAUGAGGUCUUCACCAGACUUCUCCUUCUCCCUCUCGAUAAUCACUCCUCUAACCUCCCUCUCUCUUUUCUAGAACCUUCUAGAAGUGAAGGCGGAGGUGUUAAUGACGUUGAUGACGACGAGACUAAGAUUUUGACCUUCGCUAAGAUUCUAACGCCGUCAGAUGCGAAUAACGGUGGCGGUUUUUCCGUCCCUAGGUUCUGUGCCGACUCGAUUUUCCCUCCGUUAAACUACCAGGCAGAGCCUCCGGUUCAGACUCUAACGGUCACCGAUAUUCACGGAAUUAGUUGGGAUUUCAGGCACAUUUAUCGAGGGACGCCACGUAGGCACUUGCUAACUACUGGAUGGAGUAAGUUUGUGAACAAUAAGAAGUUGAUUGCGGGAGAUUCGGUGGUUUUUAUGAGGAAUUUGAAAGGAGAGAUGUUUAUUGGAGUGAGGAGGGCAGUGAGGUUUAAUAACAGUGCCAGGUGGAGGGAGCAGAUUGCUGGUGGCGGUGUAGAGGGGAAAGUAAAGGUGGAGGAGGGAUUUCCGAGGAGUGGGAGAGGGAGGUUGUCGCAGGAGGCUGUGGCGGAGGCAGUGGAGAGUGCGGCUAAAGGGUUGCCGUUUGAGGUUGUGUAUUAUCCAAGGGCAGGGUGGUAUUCAGAUUUUGUGGUGAGAGCUGAAGUGGUGGAAACUGCACUUGCUGUGUUUUGGACUACUGGGAUGAGAGUGAAGAUGGCUAUGGAGACUGAGGAUUCUUCCAGAAUGACUUGGUUUCAGGGCACUGUUUCGGGUACUGGUUUGCCGGACUGUGGUGCAUGGCGUGGUUCUCCUUGGCGCAUGCUUCAAAUUACUUGGGACGAGCCUGAAGUUUUGCAGAAUGCAAAGAGAGUGAGCCCUUGGCAAGUUGAAUUUGUUGCAACCACACCACCACUUCAAGCUGCAUUCCCCCCGAUGAAGAAAUUGAGAUAUCCAAAUGAUUCUGGGUUUCUGACAAAUGGAGAACUUUUCUUUCCUAUGUCAGAUCUAACUAAUUCAACUAUGGGACGAAUGAAUGCUUCAAUGUUGAAUUAUAGUACUUUUCCUGCUGGCAUGCAGGGAGCCAGGCAAGAUACUUUUUCCACAUUCAGUUUAUCCAGCUUUAUAAGUGAAAACGCUCCUCAGGUGUUCAGUGGCAAGGCCUUUGGAAACAACUUGGUGCCUAGGAUGAAAAGAAUGCCCAGUGAGAUGAACAUUGGGAGUUCACAGUCUGAGAACUUAUCUCCUGAGAGCCAGAGCCAGAGUAGUGCACAGUCUUUUGCCACAGACUUGGUUGGAAACAGGGGCUUCAACCCCAAAAAAGUUGGAAUUAACUCUAUCCAGUUAUUUGGUAAGAUCAUUCACAUGAAUCAGCCUGCUGAAAAUGGUUUUGAUGAUGUUGGCUUGACAGAUGACAGUAGUAAAGGUUGCAAUGAAGCUGAAGGUGUUAAUGCACUUGAACUUUCAUUGACUUCCUCCUAUACAGAAUUACUGAACAGGAUUGAUGUCCAAUGCCAAAGAGCUUCAGCUGUUGAGGCAUGUUCUAGAUGA